AUGUCAUCACGACGUAUAGGCCUGACCGCCGCCCGCGGCAUCACGAGACGCCUCCCACCGCGAUUCGACUCAAUCCCCCCGAUAUGCGCCCGCUGCCGGGGGCACCGCGGUUUCACGGCCACGGGCGCGCCUCUGGGACCGCGCACCGAGAAGCCGGCCGCGGGCGCGUCCAUGGACCCCCAGAGCGACCUCACCGGCCCGGCCAUCGAGGCGCCCCGCAGCUACGGCAAGCGCUACGAGGGCGUCUUCACGCCCAAGCCGCUGCCGCGCCCGAUUGGCAUGCCGCUGCCGCCGCGGCCCGGCGAGAACACGGGCAUCGACGACCGCACGCGCGAGCAGCGCAAAAAGGACUUUUCCAACUGGGACAAGCAUCUGGCGCGGCGAAGAGAGCUGAAAAUCAGCACCGCCCAACUGUCACGACCAUACUUUCGCGACUGGAAUAACCUCAAGUACCACGACGGCAAAUCCUUCAUCGCCCCGCCCCGGCUCUUCAAGGCCGAGUUCUCCCUCUUCUUCCCCAAUCUCUACGGCCAGACGAUCCUCAAGACCGACAAGGAGCCCCGCGACACCACGCCGCUUCUGACCGGCAAGGCGACCGUCGUGUCCAUCUUCAGCAGCCAGUGGGCCGAGGCGCAGACCGACAGCUUCACCACGGCCAAGGCCAACCCGGAACUGCAGAACAUUCUGAAGCAGCACGGCGGCCGCGACGGCCUGGCGCAGGUGGUGCGCGUCAACUACGAGGACAAUGCGGGCAAGGCCUGGCUCAUCAAGCUCUUCAUGGGCUCGCUGCGCAAGCGCUUCCCGGAGCACGAGUGGGGCAAGUACCUGCUCGUGCGCCGCGGCAUCACCGACCAUAUCCGCGAGUGCAUCGGCCUGCUCAACACAAAGGUCGGCUACACGUACCUCGUGGACCAGCACUGCCGCGUCCGCUGGGCGGCGAGCGGGAAUAGCAGCCCAGAGGAGAUGGAGGGUCUGAACCGUGGCCUGGUUCGGCUGGUCGAGGGCAUCAAGGCCGAGGCUCUGCUGCCCUCGACGGCCCGCGAGCCGGUGCUGGGAAGAAAGGCCAUCAAAGAUCUUGUAGAGAAGCGGGCUGCCGACAAGGCUGAAGCAUCGACAUGA